CAACCACUGUGGACGUACCCAGACUUUUAUAAGCAGACAACUGGAGAUGGAGCCAACCCAAGUGACCUAUGACUACUAUGACUACGAGGAGUCGGAGAACUCCACCAUGUGUGACUACUCGGAGUGGACCCCCUCGUACUCCGUCAUCCCGGUGCUCUACAUGCUCAUCUUCAUCCUGGGUCUCUCCGGCAACGGGGUGGUCAUCUUCACCGUGUGGCGCGCACAGGGCAAGAGGCGCGCGGCCGACGUGUACAUCGGGAACCUGGCCCUGGCCGACCUGACCUUCGUGGUCACGCUGCCCCUGUGGGCCGUGUACACCGCCAUGGGCUACCACUGGCCCUUCGGCGUGGCCCUGUGCAAGAUCAGCAGCUACGUGGUGCUGCUCAACAUGUACGCCAGCGUCUUCUGCCUCACCUGCAUGAGCUUCGACCGCUACCUGGCCAUCGUGCACUCGCUGUCCAGCUCCCAGCUGCGCACCCGGGGCCAUACGCGCGCCUGCCUCAUCGGGAUCUGGAUGCUGUCCGGGCUCCUGGCCGCCCCCACCCUGCUGUUCCGCACCACCAAGGACGACCCCGGCAGCAACCGCACCUCCUGCGGCAUGGACUUCAGCCUGGUGCUCACAACCAAGGAGGAGGAGAACCUGUGGAUCGCCGGCCUCAGCAUCUCCUCCUCGGCGCUGGGCUUCCUCCUGCCCUUCCUGGCCAUGAUGGUGUGCUACGGCUUCAUCGGCUGCACCGUCACCCGCCACUUCAACACCGUGCGCAAGGAGGACCAGCGCAAGAGGAGGCUGCUGAAGAUCAUCACCACGCUGGUGGUGGUGUUCGCCGCCUGCUGGACGCCCUUCCACCUGGUGAAGAGCGCGGACGCCCUGUCCUACCUGGACCUGGUCCCGGACACCUGUGCCUUCCUGCGCUUCCUGCUGCUGGCCCACCCGUACGCCACCUGCCUGGCCUACAUCAACAGCUGCCUCAACCCCUUCCUCUACGCCUUCUUCGACCUGCGCUUCAGGUCCCAGUGCCUGUGCCUCCUCAACCUGAAGAAGACCCUGCACGCCAGCCCGGCCAGCUCCCUGUCCUCCCAGAAGACCGAGGCCCAGUCCCUGGCCACCAAGGUGUGACGUGUACUGGGGGCCCAGAGGCAUGCUGUGGAAGAGGUGCAAGAUGCAGGACAAUGCAGGUGAAUCAGAACUGUGCAGCUGAUGGGUGCUUCCUCACAGGUGGCCCAG